UGAUGACAGACAACAAGCGCUCUUGCUGUCAGAGGUGAUACUGUGGAUAGAAAGUUUCGUAUCAAACGCACAAGUCCUCAAGAACCGGGGUCUAUGGUAAGCAAUGGAUCGACAGUAUCGAAUGAGGCGCCAAUGACCUUCACAAGUGACUCCAUCACUAGGGUUCAGAACCUACUCUCGCCAUCUGUAGCUCGGAAAGUGGAGAUCUACUCUGCCACCGAUAUCUGGAACCUACUUCCACCCCACGAAGAGCUAAUGCAAGGCUGCCGUGUCUUCUUGACAACUUGCCUUCAAGUCGGCUUCAUCCCCAAAGCUCUCUUCCUAGAGCAGAUGACGAACGACAGGGACUCCGUCAAUGCCUUUCUUCUUUUGAGCAUGCUCGGCAUCUCGGCUCGUUUUGCCCCGGAGCUCUGCCAACGGUUCGGUAGCAGCCAAGGAGCAUCUGAGUUCUUCAUUGACAUUGCCCAUGUCAUGAUCGCCGAUGAGAUGUGGAAGCCCAGUCUAGAGAACACACAGGCAUUCUUCUUACUUGGCAUGGCGGACUGGGGCAGAGCUGACCGCGAGAGGAGCGCCAUCAACAUGGGAAUUGCCGUCAGAAUGGCUGGGUUACUACGCCUCCAUCGUGAAGAAACAUAUAUUCUCCCACAGGGGGCAUCCGCAGACGAAGUUGUCAACAAAGAGCGCGCGAGGAGAACAUUUUGGGUCAUCCAGAACCACGACAACCUAUACACACAACAACAUCUGCCCGUUUCGUUUGCCAAAUCAGACAUCACCACGCUUCUACCCGGUGAGGAGAAUGACUUUGCAUUUGGCCGAGUGCCCCCUGAGCGGGCUGCACUAGAGGGAACAUCACCAGCGCAGCGCAAACGCUCUCUGACCUCACUUCCUACCAGGUCUCUCUUUGCGACCCUCAUCCAAGCGCACGACCUUUGGGGUAUGAUUGCACGAGAUGCCUACGGCGAUACUCACGACUCGCCUACCUUGGACUCGAACCCGUGGGAGCCGAACUGCCACUACCAGCGGAUCUCGGAAACUCUCCGGGACUGGGAGGAUAACAUCCCGGUGCAGCAUAGGUGGUCUGCCUGGAACCUAAGGGGCUACAAGGCCGAGCACGUCGACCUUGCAUACCUGUCCAUAAUAACUAUCACGCGGCUAAACAACAUUGUUCUCCGACGGACCUACCUCAAGAGCAUCGUCGCUCAGCUGCUCCCGUCACCAAGCCGAUCCGACCCGGCGCUGGCAAAAUUCUGGGAGCAAAUGUCCCAUGAGCUCUUCACCAACGUUGCCGACCUUUAUGAGGCCAUCGAUGUGUGGUUCUGCCUGCGCUCCGCCGAUGACGGAUUCCCCGCUAUGCUGGCCUUUUGUACCUAUAUCUGCGGCUCCCUGGCCUGCUACGUGUACAAGUGGCCGCGGCUCUGCCCCAGCGUCGCCUCCUCGGCGGCCAAGAUAGUUCACCGGUCGCUCGAGGUGCUCUCCACGUUUGAGGACAAGUGGCCGACGGCUUCGGAGUGGGUGGACAUCCUCCGCAAAGUCAUCAAUCGGCCACCUUCUCAGGGCAGCCCGUUGCUGAAUGAGGUCUCAACGCAUGAGGCACUCCUUUCUGCAUCGGUCGGCCACUCACCCGAUGCCACUCGAUCGCCGCAGGCCCAGAGAAACGAGCAGCCGCCAGAGAUGGAUCACAAUAUUCACCAUGAGACGGCUCCCAGACGCCAUGGAUCGACGGCAAAUAUGUACGGAGAAGUCAAUGAUACAACUCAACAGCCAGCCCAUGAUGGCUUCCAGGGACCACAUAACUACACCGAUAAUUUGCGUCUUCUCAGCGAUGCGGCCGCGCACGGGACGUACCUUCAUAACCAUACAGCGGUGGAUAGUAGGACCGCACAUCCUAGUCAACAGACCAUUGACGGCUCUGAAGCAUUUGCUGGCUACCAUGAAGACGGCUUCGGGACGCUGCCUUCCCCCGAAUCGACCACAGCCGCACUUCUCCGAGAACCGUUUGAUAACGACUUUGCCGAUAUUGUACAAGGUUAUGUCAACCUAGGCUGGACUGGAUGGCGACCAUGAUUGGGAAAAACAUGGAAACUAGGAAGCUUCAAUGG